AUGUCCAAACUUGACAGUUAUCACAUCAUGAUAACUUCAAAAUACUUUGCAACUAUCAAAGACUUCAUCAAUAUUGAGUUUUUUCACUUCAACCCAAUUCCAUUAACCAAAUUAACAAUUAAAUACUUUCCCAACAUCGAGACACUUCACAUAUGGAAGAAAUACAGUGAAAAUUUUGGAAAUGGAUUUGUUGUCAGUGUGAAGAACGGUAAUCAUGAAUAUUAUGAAGACGUAAACAAAAGAAAAAGUGUUAUGGGAAAGAAAGCGUUUUACGAAAUUAUAGUGUGGUUUGAUGUUGAUUAUGAAACUGUUGACAGAAACAGUAGUCGAAACAUCAAAUUUAAAAAUGUGAUUUAUACUAUUAACGAUAGUAUGAAAUAUGGUAAUAUAAUACCACAAUGCAUUGGAUCGUUACAAAAAAGUUUUUACAGUGGAUGUGUAAAUCUUAGAAGCAUGAUUUUACCACCAAUUAUAAAAUCGAUUAGUGCUUAUUGUUUUAGUGGGUGUUGUAAUUUGAGCAGUGUGACAAUACCAACAAGUGUAACAACAAUUGGUAAUCAUUGUUUUUCCAAUUGUAAUAAUUUAAAAAAUAUUGAUAUUCCAUUUGGUGUCACAUCAAUUGGGGAUUGUUGUUUAGAUUGCUGUCGCAGUCUGAGUUAUGUUGAUAUACCACCAAGUGUCACAUAUAUUGGGGAUAAUUGUUUCAGAGAAUGUAUAAGUCUAAGUAAUGUGAUUAUACCAUCAACUAUUAUUUCAUUUGGUGAUGGUUGUUUUAAAUGUUGCAGUAGUUUAAAUAGUAUAUUAAUACCAUCAAGUAUAAAAUCUAUUGUUAAAUAUUGUUUUGAUAAAUGUAGCAGUCUGAGUAAUAUUGAUAUACCAUUGGGUGUCACAUCAAUUGGGAAUUGUUGUUUCGACGGUUGUUGCAGUCUUAUAAAUACGACAAUACCAUCAAGUGUGAUAAAACUUGGCGAUGGUUGUUUUAAAUACUGUAGCAGUCUUAGCAGUGUAACAAUACCAUCAAGUAUUAAAUCUAUUGGGGGUGAUUGUUUCAAUGGUUGUAGCAGUCUGAGUAAUGUAGAUAUACCAUCAAGUGUCAUAACAAUUGGGGAUAAUUGUUUUUAUAAAUGA